UCUGAGCCCCUCACAGAAAAAGAUUCAGUGCCUUUUCAUAGCUCUAGCCACCAAAAUUUCUUUGUCAUUCAUUGCAACACAAUUCGACUUAAGCCCCUCCCUAAAAGAGUACCCAGUGACUAUGUGUCAGAAGGAGGAACCGAACACAUAUACUUGGAAAUGUGGCCAUACCACGGCCGAGUUCACCGGUGUUCGUAUCCAUUUUUGCGGUUCAGCACGCACAAGAGGUUCACGAUGCGCGAAUCCUACGCCAACGUCCAAGGGUUCAAGCCGUGGUUACAGCACUAGGGCUGUUUGCCCUGAUUGUCGCAAAAAGAAACCGGACCCAAAGCCGGGGAAUGACGACAGCACUGGAGCUGGUGGUUCAACAUCGACCUCUACUCUCUCGGCUCAACCUAGCGGUGUCACUGUCGGUGCAUAAUGAGUAAGUAAGCAUCAUAGUUAUGAAGAAGCAAGACAGCUAACCUCUGAAGGCACAGCCAUGAACGAUUCGCUUUCUGGAACUCUAGCGGGGAUCUCAACUUUGCCUCUGAAACUGUUUUUUUAAUGCUUGGUGGUUACCUGAAACUAGUGUGAACACUACCGAGUCGAGGAGCUCAACCUCCAAGUGGAUAAUUCUGUACAGGAGAACGACCUCAACGUAGUUGCUGUUUCCGGCGAUGAUUUCAUUCGAUCGGGGGUAUGUUUUGGUCAAGAAAAAAUUCGGAGGAGCUGCUUUUGUAAUAAAGUUCAUGAACGAAUAUAUUGCUAAUCUAACGGAU